AUGAUUUAUUUACUUCUUGGAGCAUUGUGGGUGUCACAAUUUGGAAAUAUUCUUUCCACCGCUAAUCGCCACUCUUCUACAGCCUCGGCAAAAUGUAGUCAACGUUUGUUUGAGGCAAAAGGGAAUCCAGCCCCAGGUUCUAAUGGUUUUAGUAUUGAAGUUAAUGAUGCCCCUCCUGGAUUGGAUGAAUUAAAUGUUGAUGGAGAUGAUGGGUUGGAGGGGUUAAAAUGGAAUAGUAGUGGAAUUCAACCAGAUGGCUAUAUUCCUGGCAAGCAUUAUGUACUUACUGUUCGUGGAUGGAGAACACAAUUUAUUGUUCAAACAUUUCGCGGUUUUGGGUUAACAGCUCUAUUUGAAGAUACUGGUAAAGCUGCUGGACAUUUUGAUGUCAAAAAAAAUCGAAAAGGCCGCCGUGGAGAUGCUAGAAUAGCUCCGAAUUGUCGGCAGGCAGGUGUUUCACAUACACAUUUAAGACCAAAAACAGAAGUUAGAAUACUUUGGAGAGCGCCGGAAACUGAUGCUGGGGGUUGUAUUUUAUUCAGAGCAAGUGUUAUUCAAUCAAGACAAGUUUGGUAUUGGCUAGAGAAUGAAAUGACGAGGAAAUUUUGUCCAGCAGGUAUCUAGACCAAGGAAUGUUUCUAUUGUUGCCUCUUUCUUAUCGGUCCCUAAUAUACCAAUUCCACUUCUAACUGUUCUUUCUGGUGUUUGAUCUAUUUUUCUCUUCACAAUUUCCUCAUGUUUUUUAUAUCCAAGUCCUCAGGUAUCCUACCUCAAUGAGUUUUUUAAUAAAGGGAAGAAAGACCUUAAAAGAUUAAUUAAAAAUAGAGGGCCAUCAACUAGCUGUACCCAAAGACGAUCCAAAUGCGGAAUGCUGUGCUUG